AUGGCUAACCCCUGGUUGACUUUUUCUCUCGCUUCCCCUCUGGACCCAACGGCUCCGGCCGGCAAUCUUAGCCGUCCUCCUCUCCUCCCCGACCCCCCUGAUCCCGCCAACUUCCCUCCCCUUCCUUCCUCUCGCUCUUACCCCCCAAAACCCUCUGUCUGUCCUUCUUCUACUGCUUCAGUGCCCACUGCAGGUACUGUUCCUCCUUCUUUCUCAACUCAAAAUACUAUUCCGGAUUUGGAGACUCAUACUACCUGUCCUGCUCCAACACCCCUCCCUAUUUCUUUUACUACUCAGCUUCUUGCUGCUUACUCAUCAUCCAUCCUUCCCCUACCAGACCAAAACCCUAGAUCUGACCAAAAACUUAGAUCUUCUUCUACCGACACAAACUCUGCUCCACAAAUCUCCUCCUCCUUCCCAAACUUUGGCAUUCUCCCUAUUCCUAUCACCCCUCCCCUUGCAAGUGUCCCACCUGUUGCCCCCCUUCCUCACCCCUCGCCAUCAAACACCCCUCCAAUCCCUCAAUCCUCUACUUCCUGGGCUUCUAAAGCCAAGGCCAACACUGACAGAACACUAAAAAGACUGUCUCCUCAAACAUUCUCUCCAGAAGGUGUCCCUAGAGUCAUCAUUCCGGAUGUGGUAUAUCGUAGAGGAGCUGAACUCCAUAGGGACUUUGUUGUCUGCAGAUUCUUUGGGAGAGUUCCUGCAUAUAGCCUCAUACAAAAUGUUCUAAACUAUAUGUGGGGGAAAGGCAAACACCUAGAAAUCCACAUGGUCCCCACGAAGAAUUCAGUGCAUGUGAGAAUCCCAAAUGACUUUAUCAGAGAGAAAGUUCUUCUGAAAAGGCUCUAG